UUGUUAUUUUCCCGUCAUUCAAUCGAUCAAUAAUUAAUAAUAAUACUCCUAUUUUUCCUCCCUUUCUAUUUCUCUCUCAAAAAACCCUAUUUUUGCUCCUUUCUUGAGCUUGAAAAACACAAUCAAAUCAGCUAAAAAUGUCCAUAAAUUGUGAAAAUCCUAACUACUUUCUCGAUCAAAUUAACCCUUUUCAACAACAAGAUUUCCAAUUUCAAAACCCUAAUGAAAUCUUAUAUCCGAUUCCUGACUCCGAUUUCUUCUGUGUUGAUCCUCUGUUACACUUAUAUGAUCAUGAUCUUGAUCUGCUCAAUAUUCCUCCAACGCUAAAUUUUGAUCAUGAUAAUCAUAAUCAUGAUGAUGGGUCUUUUAUACCCAAUAAUCCCCCUUCUGAACCCGAUUACCCAACUCAAACCAUUAAUUUCCCCCAAAGACAGAGGGUAAGAGCUUUUAACCCCUGUUUUGGUCCUGAUUUUAAUGGGGAUUUUGCGAUAAAAGAUCAGGCUAAUCCCAAUUACAAUAAUUGUAAUUAUAAUACUUGUAAUAUUGUGGGUAAUAAUGGUUUAUUGGAUGAAGGAUUUGGAGAAAGUACAAGUAUAGUUCAGGUUAAUGAUAAGAGAACAAAAGCACAGAGUAAAGCUGCAAGAGUAAGAAGAAGGAAAAUCAAAGAUAAGACAAAUGAAUUAGGAAAGCUUGUUCCAGGAGGUUCUAAAAUGAAUACUGCUCAAAUGUUUGAAGCUGCUUCUAAAUAUGUUAAGUUUAUGCAAACUCAAUUGGAAAUUCUUAGGUCUUACAAAAAUUUACAUCAGGAUGAUAGUGAGGAGGAGGACAGGUUUUCAAUUUUGUCAUCAACAUUAAUCCAAGAAAAGCUAUAUACAAACGAGAAGUGUUUGGUUCCGUCGGAAUUCGUUCCCAUGCUUGAAGAAAAAUAUGAUUUUUAGAUAAAAGCAUCAGUUUCAAAGCAUAUAAAGAAUCUCAAUACCUAAUUAAUUUUAUUUUAGUAUUAAUUAGUUUCAUGUUUUAUUUAAUUACCUCUAAUUUAGAUUAUAAUGCAGUAAUUAGAUAUAUUAGUAUGACUAGGUAAUAGGUUUUUGUUUAUAGGAUAAUAUCAGCUUGUUAGGUUAGCUUUUGUUCAUAAGCUAAUUUCUCAUUUGUUAGUUAGAUUAGCUUUUGUAUAUUAGCUAAUUUUUCAUUUUAGGCUAAUUUAUUGGCUAAUUUAUUAUUUGUUGGCAUUGUUAUUCAUUUUCAGAUAUAAUGUUUCCAAUAUUGUCUAUCUAUUUCCAUAUUUGCCUUUUUAUUCUUUUACUAUACUAAAUGUUUUGUUAGCGUAUAAAUUGGGGUUCCUAAAGUGGAGUCUAACUUAUAUUAAACCUUCUAAAGUAAUUUUUUCGGAAAACAAAAACCAAUAUAAUUGUUUUUUUGUUAAUUCAAUCAUUAAACAAAACUAUUAAUGGCCUGUUUGGUAACCGGUACUAAAGUGAAAAUGGUAAUAAAUGUUAAUAUAAUUUUGGUAAGAAUACCUCUUAUAAAUUUAAAGAUCAUAUUUAUUCUCCUUCAACAAACUCAUGUUCUUCACAAUUCCAUACCAAUUCAUUAUAACUUCAACAUGAGGUGUAACGAAGAAAAAUUUUUUAUGAUUGAAUUUUCAAUACAAUGGUAAUGACAUGAUACAUAUCAUUAAAAUUUACAUUAUAAAUCAUUUUUCGUUAAUGGUUUUAGAUCUGUUAUUUGUUAUCAUAUAAUAUCAUAUAAUACUCUAAUUCAAUAAUCAGUUUGCCACAUGGCAGUUGGAGAAUUAGAGUUGAAGAGCCUUUACAUGUUGUCAUGUGGUUUGCUUAAAAAUUAUUUCAAAAGAUGUUAAUUAGAGCCUUUAUAUUAAUUAAUGAGAUUUUCCUUACAAGCUAAAGUACUUUUGCUUUUUGAAAUCAAAUAAAUUCAUAUUCGAAUAAUAAUUAUGAUAAUCUAUAUUGAAAAAAGAUUUUUCAUAAAUUAACAUUCAAAUAAUAACUCUCACAAUUGCAAUAA